AUGGAAGUCUCUGGACGUAAGGAAUCUUCUGUUAGAUUAUGCCAGCCAUGUCAGCGUGACGGUGAUACUGUACAAGCAGAUGGCUAUUGCGAUAAUUGUAACGAGUUUAUAUGCACAUCAUGCACAAAGGCACACCGGAAGUUGGCAACUACCAAACAUCACGUGAUCAAACCCAAAGAUGAAAUAUCGACAUAUGAGAGUCAAAGUGACCCGUGCACUGAACUGUGUGAUGUUCAUGUAAACGAAAUAGUAAAGUUUUAUUGUCAAGAGCACGACAGCGUUGGUUGUGGAGAUUGUAUGGUACUUCAACAUACAUCUUGCAAGGUUCAGCUCGUUUCAGAUGUAUCUAGUAACUAUGACAAUAGUGUGGACCUCGUUUUAAUUAAACAUAGAAUUGAUAACCUGAAGAAAAACAUUGCUUCAUGCAAAGAUAAAAUAAAAUGCAGUUUGAAAGAAGCGGAUGAAAUAAAGAUUGAGGUCGUUAAAGAAAUUAAGCUUUUUCGUAGAGAAAUGGAUGAUUAUCUAGACAAAAUGGAAGCAGACCUUUUACAAAAAGUUAAUGAAGUGAAUGAUAGAGAUGUAUCAUCUCAGAAAAAGCUUCAAGAUCAAUGCGAGGCCUUAUCGGAUGAAAUGAAAGAAUUUCAAAGAAAGCUGGACCAGUGCAAAGACAAGAUCAACAAUUUGUUUGUGACAUCUAAACGUGUACAGACGAAAUUGGUAAAAUGUCAAAAAAAUAAUGAAACCAUUUCAGCCAAGAGUCAGAUAAACACUUUAAAUUUUAAAGUAUCUGAAGAUUUUGAUACUUUGAAGAAACAUAAAACACCCCUUGGCAGUGUUAUAACACAAGUAAAAGCAUUUUCGGGGCAAUACAAGAAAUGUAUUAAUGACGUGAAGGCACAUUUUGUUAACAAAGUAAAUUGCCAGGCAGAAAACGAAGGAAAUUGUGGUAUUACAGGAAUCACAAUUAUAUCUGAAGCUGAAAUUCUGUUAGCAGACAUCAACAACAAAUCGUUAAAAGUUUUAAAUUACAGAGAUAAUAAAAUCACAUCAACGUUGAAACUGUCAGAUUAUCCCUUUCAAAUAACCACAAUCAGUUCAUCAUCUGUUGCAAUAUGUUUACCAAAUGAAGGCAAAAUCUUGUUUGUGAAUACGCAAAGUGGCUUGACUGAAAGUCACAGUCUGAAUGUCGGGAAAGGAUGUCAAGGUAUACAUCAUCGCAAUGGUAUAAUGGCAGUGGCCUUUACUAAACCUCCCGCUGUUCAAGUAUUGAACAUGGAAGGUCAUAUCCUUCAUGAGGUUAGAGAUACGAGCAUAUUAAAAUAUCCAGUAUUUUUACAUCUGAGUAACGCUAAUGAAUUUAUGUUUGUGUCUGACAGAGACAACCGUGCCGUGUAUAAAUUUACACUCCAGGGAGAACUGAUAUCUCAAAAUAAAACCGAGAAUAAUAAUAUACCAACAGGCUUAACAGUUACAAACUGUGGAUGCGCUGUUGUUUGUUAUUAUAGAAAAGGUGAUUGCCUUGAAGUUAUUGUACCUGGAUCGAGAGAGAUUCUGCCUUUCAAUGCGCGGCAUGUAUUGGAUCCACUUUAUAUCAGCAUUUCUGAAGAGCAAAAUACAAUGUUCAUCAGUGAAUUUCUGACCUCUGUGGAUUGCAAUUUCAUUAAAAUAUUUAAACUAAAGUAA